AUGGAGCCUAGAUCUGAUAAAGACAACUCAUACUUCAAGUGGGAAGGAUUGAGAUGCUUCCACAAGGACCCAGGCUGCAAGUGCGACGGCCAGCCCAUCGGCUCAAAAAAUGGCUUAACCCUCUUCUCUCGCAUAAAGGGCUGUCGCUCGGAAUACUCGCACAACAUCGGCGGCCCGUACAUGACAGCCAAGGAGAUAGAAGAGGAGAAAAAGGCGCAGAAGCAAAAGGCACAGGACGCCGCUCUCGAGAUUCUUGCCGCAGAGAAAGUCGCUGGAGCAAAUAGCGCUUGCGCAGGCGUUAAAGGCCUCACGCUCCUCAACAUCCCCUGGGAAACCAGAGGCGCCAUCUACGCGCAAUACUGUUCCUUCUUAGGAACACCCGAGCACAAGUUCUACGGCGCCUUGGGCCAUCCAGAGCAGACGUUCCUCGCCCUGAGCCCAAGGACCGGCCAUCCCCACGAAGCGAGCCAACAACUUCACAGCUUGUUAAAGGUCUGCCGACAGCUCAGAGACGAGAUUCUCGACCACAUCUUCCGCAAGCACAUGAUCGACAUGUCUCUCUACGCCUCGGACAUCGGCACCAGCCCGUUCAUCUGCCGACAGGGGGGAACCGUAUCACCAGCAGACGUGUUCGCGGGAUUUCUGAAGCGCGUGAAGCUCCUCGCGCUGCGGUCUGACUUUGGCCAGCCGGCUUUCUGGAGCAGUGUGGACGGGAGUGCUGGAAGGCUGAUGGCCCAGUCGAUGCCCCGGCUGAGCAAGCUGGUCAUCUUUCCCACCCACGACAAGACGCACCACGAGGAUAAGUUCAUUCAGUUUGUGAAGGAUCUUCUCACGGCGUUGAAACUCAAGAAUCUCAUCUUCUUUGACACAUUUCGAGUCAUCGAGCAAGACGAUUUUGACAUCUUGGGCAACAUCUUGGACAACCCCUUGGACAACCCCUUGGACAACCCUUCGGACAGCCUCUCGGCCAACCUCAAGUACGACGUCAAGAAAGCCCUCCUCGUCGUCCUCCUUCUCCGCUGA